CGAGGUGCCCAGUGCUCCGCGUCCCUUCCCGCUCCCCUCCCUCCCCGCGCGCGGCGGGGGCCCCUGCGACGUCACGGCCCCUUGCCCACGAACGCACCCGGUGAGGGGAGGGGAGAGGGAAGACCGGAGGAGGGCGCGGAGGCAACGCCGUCACCAGAGGAGGCGGUGGCGGGGAAGAGGAGGAGAAGAAGCCGGCGCGGAGCCUCGCCUCACCUCGCCUCGCCUCACAGCCCCUCCGCCGUCCCCGCCUCGCCGUCCACGGCCGCCGGAGUCACCGGCGGCCGCCCGUCCUCAUGAUGGCCUCGACCACCUGCACACGCUUCACCGACGAGUACCAGCUCUUCGAGGAGCUCGGAAAAGGGGCGUUCUCCGUCGUGAGGAGGUGUAUGAAAAUCACCACAGGACAAGAGUACGCUGCCAAAAUUAUCAACACCAAAAAGCUUUCAGCUAGGGAUCACCAGAAACUGGAGAGAGAAGCUAGAAUCUGUCGCCUCCUGAAGCAUCCUAAUAUCGUGCGGCUCCAUGACAGCAUAUCAGAAGAAGGAUUCCAUUACUUAGUCUUUGACUUAGUCACUGGAGGUGAAUUGUUUGAAGAUAUAGUUGCAAGAGAGUAUUAUAGUGAAGCAGAUGCCAGUCAUUGUAUACAGCAGAUUCUAGAAAGUGUUAAUCAUUGUCAUCUAAAUGGCAUAGUUCACAGAGACCUGAAGCCUGAGAACUUACUUCUAGCUAGCAAAUCCAAGGGAGCAGCAGUCAAACUGGCAGACUUUGGAUUGGCAAUAGAAGUCCAGGGAGAACAACAGGCUUGGUUUGGCUUUGCUGGUACUCCAGGAUACCUUUCUCCAGAAGUGUUACGAAAAGAUCCUUAUGGAAAACCUGUGGAUAUGUGGGCAUGUGGAGUCAUUCUGUACAUCCUCCUGGUGGGAUACCCUCCCUUCUGGGAUGAAGACCAGCACAGGCUUUACCAGCAGAUCAAGGCUGGUGCUUAUGAUUUCCCCUCGCCAGAAUGGGACACGGUGACUCCUGAAGCAAAAGACCUUAUCAAUAAAAUGCUCACCAUCAACCCAGCCAAACGUAUCACAGCCUCAGAAGCACUAAAGCAUCCAUGGAUCUGUCAACGUUCUACUGUUGCCUCUAUGAUGCACAGACAAGAGACUGUAGAUUGCUUGAAGAAAUUCAAUGCAAGAAGAAAACUAAAGGGGGCCAUUUUGACCACAAUGCUGGCUACCAGGAAUUUCUCAGCAGCCAAGAGUUUACUGAAAAAGCCGGAUGGAGUUAAGGAGCCCCAAACUACAGUAAUCCACAACCCUGAUGGAAAUAAGGAAUCAACAGAGAGUUCCAACACCACCAUCGAAGAUGAGGAUGUGAAAGCUCGUAAGCAGGAGAUUAUCAAGGUGACCGAGCAGUUGAUUGAAGCCAUCAACAACGGGGACUUCGAAGCUUACACAAAAAUCUGUGAUCCUGGCCUUACGUCUUUUGAACCUGAAGCUUUGGGUAAUCUGGUAGAAGGGAUGGACUUCCACCGGUUUUACUUCGAAAAUGCUCUGUCCAAAAGCAACAAGCCGAUCCACACGAUCAUCCUGAACCCACACGUGCACCUGGUGGGCGAGGACGCGGCGUGCAUCGCCUACAUCCGCCUGACGCAGUACAUGGACGGCAGCGGCAUGCCAAAGACUAUGCAGUCCGAGGAGACGCGCGUGUGGCACCGGCGCGACGGCAAGUGGCAGAACGUGCACUUCCACCGCUCGGGCUCGCCCACCGUGCCCAUCAAUCCCUGUGCCUAAUUGCUGAGUAUUCCUUGUUGGGCAGUUCCAACAUCCCCAUGGGACAGCCUUGCCUCUCUCCCAUCAACAUUUCUCUCUGCUGUUCAUCCAGACCCUGCCACAACCUCGGAGUCAGGCAGUGACCGAGUUCCUUGAGCCACAUUGUCACCAGGGUUAGUGACAGCACACUCGGGGUUGCAAUAACAAAAUAAAGAGUCACAGCUUGCUCAGGAGGUUCUGCUUAGGCCAUUGGCUUCUCUGCUUCUUCAGCAGCCUCUGCUAAUGAGCCCAAACCUCAGUGGCUGUGGUUUCCCAAGUAGGCAGCACCAGUCCGGGCCUGGCUUUGCUCAGUUGUGAGCCCUCUGAACAGGAUAGAAUUCGAUUUGUGUCAGGUGUCUUAAUGUGGAGAGUGGCUGAAUUUCCUGGCGUGGAUGGUAAGGGCUUAGAUUUCAUCUUUUGAACCACCAUGUCUCAUAAUUUACUCCUUGCAACACUCUUCUCCUAUAUGAAAUGACACUUGAUGAAGUAAGAAGGUAGAAUGAAGUGUUGAACUUCCAUGGUGAUGAUUUAGUAUUAUUUUGUUAUUUAGGAAUAAAGAAAUGUUAUUACUUAGUGAUAACUGUUUUAUUUCAAAAUAUGAAACCAAUGGGAACAACAGCCAAAUGUCCUUUGUUUCUCACAUUCCAGCUGCACUGCCAGUGUUUCAACAGAUAGUAUUCAAAGAGCAGUUACUCUUCCUUGAAAUGCCAUUUAAGGUAAAUCUUUGAGGUUUUCAAAAAGGAGUGUUUGUCAAGGGAUCUGAGCUGGCUGUGUGUAGAACCAGAAAGCCCAAGUGAAGCAGGUUCACCUGGCCCACUGCACCCUGAGCAGUCAGUGUUUACAGGACAGUGACAUGAAAUGGGAUAGAGAAUAAUUUAAUCUUUUCCUCUGAUUUUUUUUUUCCACCUUUGUCUUUUUGGGAAGGUACUGCAGUAUGUCAUUUGCAUCUGCUUGUUCUCCCUAAUAAAGAUAAUGAUUUCUGGGACUGCCAAGGGUGGAAGGAGAAGAAAAAUCACCAUGGAAUAAUUUUUUGGCCGUUGCAGAGUGGUGUCUGUAUUGGUGAAUCUUUUGAGCCAAUGGGGUCAGACAGAGGAGAUUUCAGGAUUGUGAGGGGUGUCCAAGCUUAAGGGGUCACAGAGGAGCCUUAGAGCCAGACUGAGGCUUAAGGAGAGAUUCCCCGAGUUAGCAAUGUAGCCCUACGUGUGUAGCACUGGCAACAUUAUCACAUAAAUCCCAUAACCAGCUCUCAUCUUGAAUUCAGAGGAGGUUUUUGGACUUGCUCCUAGCACUGUUCCAAAAUAUGGUUGGUCUGAUGGUUAGGAACUUUGCUUUCCAGUGUAAAAUUUGGUCAUCUUCAGCAUAUGCUUGGUUCUUCUAUGCCACGGUUGUUCUCCUGCACUGGUUAGGUGUGCAGACAUGAACUGUUUGUAGGAAGGCUGAUCAGAUCAUUGCCACGUUCUACUUCCGUAGGCUAAACAGCCAGCACCACCUCAGAUGGCUUUGCCUGAUAGGAUCUCCAUUUUCCUAUUACCUUAUCCCCUUACUGUCUUUUUUUGUUUGAGGUUUGCCUUUCCAUUAGCUUGGCUUCUUCUGAAAUGCUCUGUCCAGUUGUUGUCAGGGUUUUAUUUAAUUCCCCAAUGUCUUUCUUCUCCCUGCUCUGUUCUGGCAAAAUUUUUGCACUUUUCUCGUCUGCAGCACAUCUGAGACAGCCACCUAUUUACCCUCAACUCUCAUUUCCAGACAGUGAGUGCAUAGAAACUUACAGAGCUUUGCACUUCCUAUUAUUCCAUGUAAUAUUUUUGGAUUACCCAGCCCUGAAGGUUGUUUGGUUCUCCUUGCACAAUGCUCCUGUUUUCUUUUCUUUUUAUAGUGCCUUCCACCUAAGUGUCAGUAUGCUAAGUGAGAUUGGUCCUCCUGCUCAUGCUCAGCACUAGGGAGUCUCCUCUAGGCUGAUAACUCCCCUUUCAGAAAAACGCUGCCAUUCUUUCUUUAUUCCCCAUCUUCUAAAGUCUGACUGGGAGAUUCCCAUGUAGCACCAAGCUAGACCCAUCUUCUCCUAUAACCCAUCCUGAACAUUUUUGCACUGUCUCUUAUUUCACCUUUGCUUUUCCCAGUCAGAGCAGCAAUAACUCCAUUUUGGAAAACUAAAGGAACUUAAUUUACUUAUUGCUCUAGUUCCUUUAUUUGAAAUGUAUACAGUCUACAGCUACUUAUUUAUUACCAGUGCACAGUAGUUAAUAAUGGCGUUUCCAUAAUUAAAAAGUAUUUUACACAUCGUGUCUGAAGAUGAAUUUCAAAUCUAAUAAAGUUGCAAAAACGAUUAUAGCUGUGAUCUGCUAGACACGGUGUCCUAGAUGGUGUUAAACCAGUUGCUGAAAGCAUAGUAGCUUCCUUGUUUUCAGGAAGGAGUGUGGAUAAGUCUAAGGAUAGAACUGAGCUCUUUGGUAGCUAUAGGUAUAGGGAAAUGUUUCCUUGUGGCAGAGAACUUACUUGAACAAGGAUAUGAGCACAAAUAUGUGUUCAGUUUAUAAAUAAAUUUUAUUUGUGGUUUUGCUGUGAGAUGGGGCAAACUUGGGUUUCUGUCUUGUCCAUGGUUUCUCUCUGAGUGACAGCAGUGACCGUAGGAAAUUGUUCUCUGUAUCUAUGUUCUUAGGGAUCUGUGCUAAUGUGUUUCUGCAGAGCUGUCUGCUUGUCCUUGGAGAGUGCACCUGCCCAGUAUGGGCAGUCAAAGGGCUGCUGAGCCUAAAAGUGACUCCCUACCCUAACUUCAGCCUCAGUGAGGCUUAUGUUCCCUCCCUGAUCACUGCUCACACCUUCUGAUACUUUGAAGAGCGCAGUGCCAGAGAGCAGGAAUGCAGAGUAAAGAGUUUGUUCUGUGUU